AACUACUUAUUUGUAGACAAUGCGCAUCAUUUGUACGCUCUUGAUAUUCAGCUUGUGGCUCAACCACUACGUCAGCGAUGCGACGCCCGUUAGCGCCGCAAUUGCUGAGCUUUCCACAGAAGUGGCGGCAGCAGGUAUUAGCAACUCCAACGCCACUAAAACCGCUGAGGUUGACGACGAGGACGACGACGACUGGUACAACUAUGAUGGACGCAUCAUCGGUGGCUUGCCCACAUCCAUACGGAAUUUCCCCUAUCAGGUAUCGCUGCAGUACCGGGCCCAGCAUAUCUGUGGCGGCGCCAUCGUACGACCGAAUAUUGUCAUCACUGCAGCACAUUGCGUUGACAAUACCAUGAAGGUGAGUGCAUUUACGGUGCGCGCCGGCUCUUCGCAACACGCUUAUGGCGGUCAAUUGCGUGCGGUGCAACGUAUACUACGUCAUGAGGGUUACUCCUCGACCACGUAUAAUCUGGAUGUGGCGCUGUUGCAGCUUGAACGCGAACUCGUUUAUACACAAACGGUGCAACCCGUCGAAUUGGCCGCGCCGAAUGCGGUGUUGUCUGCACAAGCGAAGCUCUUCGUUAGCGGUUGGGGUCUCACCAGCGAGACGGGCUAUGUGUCGGCCAUGUUGAAUUACGUGGAUGUAAAAUUGAUCGGGCAGGAGACUUGUGUGCAGAAUUAUAAAUAUGUGGUGCCUAUAACGGCGGAAAUGUUCUGUGCCGGCUAUAGUAACGGUGGUAAGGACUCGUGUCAGGGCGAUUCGGGCGGUCCGUUAGUCACUUACAAUCGCCGUGUGGCCACACUGUACGGCAUUGUUUCGUGGGGUGUUGGUUGCGCACAAAAGGAAUAUCCGGGCGUCUAUGCGAAAGUGUCCGCGUUAAGACCGUGGAUUGAUGAGCAGCUGGUGGACAUUGAUAAACGUAGCGGAAAAGUAUACUGAGGGAGUUUUACUUAAAUUGUACAUUGUAAAUACUAGCUGUAAUGAAAGUUUAAUUUAAGAAAAUAUAUUCAAGUUGUUUUUAAGUUUAAAAUAGUGAAAUCUUGUCUUUAAGAAUAUUUAUAGCCAAAAAUCUA